GCUCAGAGCCGGGCCAGCCGCUGCCGGCGCUACGCGAGUCCCGAAGCCGCCGCGCCGCGUGCAGGCGAUGAGCUAGGGACACUGAGAGCCUCCAGGGCGGAGCACAGAGGUGGGACUCAGCCAGUGCGUUGUCCUUGCACCACGCCAAAAUGCCCCGCGGGUUCCUGGUGAAGCGCAGCAAGAAGUCCACGCCCGUGUCCUACCGGGUCCGGGGAGGCGAGGACGGUGACCGCGCGCUGCUGCUGUCACCCGGCUGCGGGGGCGCCCGCGCCGAGCCCCCGGUGCCAAGCCCCGGGCCACUGCCGCCACCUCCGCCGCCGGCGCUCGCGGAGCGCGCCCAUGCAGCGCUCGCCGCCGCGCUCGCCUGCGCGCCAGGUCCGCCGCCACCCCCUACGGGUCCGCGGGCCGCGCACUUUGGCAACCCAGAGGCUGCUCAUCCCGCACCUCUCUACAGCCCCACGCGGCCGGUGAGCCGCGAGCAUGAGAAGCACAAGUACUUCGAGCGCAGCUUCAACCUCGGCUCGCCGGUGUCAGCCGAGUCCUUCCCUACACCCGCCGCGCUGCUCGCAGGGGGAAGUGGCGGCGCCAACAGCGCUGGCGGCGGCGGCACCUGCGGCGGAGACGCGCUACUCUUCGCGCCUGCCGAGCUCAAGAUGGGCACCGCAUUCUCCGCCGGUGCCGAGGCGGCCCGGGGUCCCGGGCCUGGUCCCCCACUGUCCCCCGCCGCUGCCCUGCGGCCCCCAGGCAAGCGGCCCGCGCCCCCCGCCACUCUCGCUGCAGAGCCACCCGCCAAGGCAGCCAAGGCCCCGAGCGCCAAAAAGCCCAAGGCCAUCCGCAAGCUGCACUUCGAGGACGAGGUGACCACGUCGCCGGUACUGGGGCUCAAGAUCAAGGAAGGCCCGGUGGAGGCGCCGCGGGGCCGCGCGGGGGGCGCAACCCGGCCGCUGGGCGAGUUCAUCUGCCAGCUGUGCAAGGAGGAGUACGCCGACCCGUUCGCGCUGGCGCAGCACAAGUGCUCGCGCAUCGUGCGCGUGGAGUACCGCUGCCCAGAGUGCGCCAAGGUCUUCAGCUGCCCGGCCAACCUGGCCUCGCACCGCCGCUGGCACAAACCACGGCCCGCACCUGCCGCGGCCCGUGCGCCGGAGCCCGAAGCCGCCACCAGGGCCGAGGCGCGCGAGGCUGUUGGCGGCGGCAGCGAUCGGGACACGCCGAGCCCCGGCGGCGUAUCCGAGUCAGGCUCCGAGGACGGGCUCUACGAGUGCCACCACUGCGCCAAGAAGUUCCGUCGCCAGGCCUAUCUGCGCAAGCACCUGCUGGCACAUCAUCAGGCGCUGCAGGCCAAAGGCGCGCCGCCGCCGCCGCCGCCACCGCCUCCGGCCGAGGACAUACUGGCUUUCUACGCUGGGCCCGACGAAAAGGCGCCCCAGGAGGCCGCGGGCGACGGCGAGGCGGCCGGCAUACUGGGCCUGAGUGCGGCCGCCGAGUGCCACCUGUGCCCAGUGUGCGGGGAGACCUUCCCCAGCAAGGGCGCCCAGGAGCGCCACCUGCGUCUGCUGCACGCUGCCCAGGUGUUCCCCUGCAAGUACUGCCCGGCCACCUUCUACAGCUCCCCGGGUCUUACGCGGCACAUCAACAAGUGCCACCCGUCUGAGAAUAGACAGGUGAUCCUCCUUCAGGUGCCCGUGCGUCCAGCCUGCUAGAGUGCGCCCUCGGUCCCGGCCCCCAGAACUGUGCCUUCACUUGGAGACCCACAAAGAGAGCGCGCCCCCAUGUCUGCGCUGGGGUGCCCCCACCCCUAUCCCGGGGUAAAAGUGUCCUCUUCGCUUCUCUCGGUGUGGCGUGAUGGUAACCCUGGUCCUCUCGCUGUGACUCCUUUUGAACCCUACCCUCUUUACGUUGUGUACCCCCACCCAUGGAGCAACAGGAGUCCGUCUUUUUCUUGUACAGGGGAGAAAAAAAAAAGCUGUAUGCGUUUGUCUCGUGGUUGGAAGCCUCCCCUUGAGGGGCAAAGCUGUUUUUCUUGCUAGUAUUCGCUGUGUUCAUGGUCUAGAAAAUGCGGUUUGCUCUGCCUACCAAUCUCUGCUCUCAAUGUCUGUAGCGUACGGGUUGUUUUGGGUGAAUCUUGAGGAAUAAAUGCCUUUAUAUUUCACAGGCUGUAAAUUGAACUUCCCACACGAUUAGCUUUAUUAUGGCUUGUGAACUGCUGGAGUCUGGCUUUACCUUUUUGUAUGUGAACAAAUCAAAUUGCUUAAAAAAAAAAAAAGAGUUUUCUUUAGUAUAGCCACAAAUGC